AUGUUGGAUACGUUCGAGAUCCUGACCACCUCUGGAGUGGUGCUGUGGUCAAGGACGUACGCGCCCAUCAACCAGUCCAUCAUCAACAACUUCAUCACUGAUGUCUUCAUCGAGGAGAAAGGCGCGUCCGCCGGCGCAAAAGACAACCAGCCCACAGCCAGCAACCCACCCUACAGAGCAGACCAGCACACGCUGAAGUGGACUUUUGUCAAGGAACUUGGUGUCAUCUUUGUUGCUGUCUACCGGUCUCUCCUGCAUCUUUCGUGGAUCGACAAGCUCGUUGACAACUUAAAGACCAUAUUUAUCGACUUAUAUGGAGACGAGCUGCAGAAGCCGAAUACUACCAUUGUCCAAUGCCACAAGUUCGACCAAUACUUCGACCAGCAAUACAGGGAGCUUGAGGCUACUGCGACAGCCAAAGGGCCUCAACCCGCGGGCGCCCAAUUUCAACUAGAGGAGGAUACCAUUUCCGGCAACCUUGGAGAUGAGCCACCUCUCCCGCCUGGCUUCAAGCACAGGACAAAGGCGAACCAUAUUGCGCAGGACGUCCCGUCUACCACAGAGUCAAGUCCGAUCGCCACGCCGAAUACAUCCCGACCUUCGACGCCUGCCAGCAGCAACAAUCACUUAGUCGUUGGGAAGGGCGGCCCUGGGGCUAGGACGUCGCGAAGAGCAAGGAAGACGCAGCAGAAUAACCAUUCGGCCCUUGCAUCUUCAGGAGACGAAGCAAGAAGGGCUAAGAAGGCGCCUAAGAAGGGCCGGAAGUGGGAUGAUCAAGGUUAUGCGGAUGAAGAGGAUGAUGUGCAGCUGGACUACUCCAUUACCCAGAAUACAGCCACGAGCGAUAACGAGGCCAAGACUGCCGGUCGAUCAACCGCAAUAGAAGGAGUAGACUCGACGACCUGGGGAACGACAACGUCCAAGGGGCAAUUCGUCUUGAAAGAUCUGGGCGAUGAAGUGCACUCCAUUCUAGAAUCGGCCGAGGCUAAAAAAGCUGCAUCAAAAUUGGAGCCAAAAGCUGGCCUUGUUGGGUCUGGAUUGAGCACUAUCAGUGGUCUGUUCCGCAACGUGGUGGGCGGCAAGACGCUGACCAAGGCCGACCUCGAUAAAGCGAUGAAGGGCAUGGAAGACCAUCUACUUCGGAAGAACGUGGCUCGCGAGGCUGCGAUACGGCUCUGUGAGGGUGUGGAAAAGGAAUUGGUUGGGGUCAAGACAGGCAGCUUUGAGAGCACUGAUGCGCGCAUUGCCAAGGCCAUGGAAGCAUCCUUGACCAAGAUGUUGACGCCCACUUCGUCAUCAGAUCUACUACGUGAGAUCGACGCCGUCACGAAGCCCUCUGUUACCUCGAUGCGAAAACCCAGGCCCUAUGUCAUGUCCAUUGUCGGUGUCAACGGUGUCGGCAAGUCCACAAACCUGUCCAAAAUCUGUUUCUUUCUGCUCCAGAAUAAGUACAAGGUUCUGAUUGCGGCUGGAGAUACCUUCCGAUCGGGAGCUGUGGAGCAACUGAAGGUUCAUGUACGAAAUCUGAAGGAGCUGACCGAGCGCGAGGGUGGCAAGGUCGAGAUCUUCGAAAAGGGGUAUGGAGGUGAUGCAGCAACUGUUGCCAAGGAUGCCGUCAGGGAGGCUGCCAACGAGGGCUAUGAUGUCGUGCUCAUUGAUACAGCCGGACGACGGCACAAUGAUCAGCGACUGAUGUCUUCGCUGGAGAAGUUCGCCAAGUUCGCACAGCCGGACAAGAUCUUGAUGGUUGGCGAGGCUCUCGUGGGAACAGACUCGGUCGCCCAGGCCAGGAACUUCAACUCGUCGUUCGGUCCUGGACGCAACCUUGACGGAUUUAUCAUCUCCAAGUGUGACACGGUGGGUGACAUGGUAGGGGCUCUCGUGAGUAUCGUACAUGCCACGAAUGUCCCAGUUCUUUUCGUCGGUGUCGGACAGCACUAUUCAGAUAUCAGGAACUUCUCGGUCAAAUGGGCCGUAGAGAAGCUACUGAGUAAUAGUUGA